CGCGUUUCGCACGCGUAUCAAGCCAGUCGCGCCGGCACGUACUGGACUUUGACGUUUUUCAACGGAGCACGUGUUUCGCUGGCUAUAUUUCAUUACCGCCGAGUCGUCUCUCGUUUCUCCCCGCUUGAUUCUCAAAGACGCAUCACGAGCCGAUAGCGUAACAGCGAGACGAAAAAAAAAAUAGUAAAAAUUAUAAAAUGCUCUCGACGCUGCGUUUGACACGAUGCACGAGGCUGCUCGUCGAGAGGAAAAAGGCGCGAGGACACGCGCAUUGCUUCCGAACGAGCGCCAAAAUCAGCGACGGUCUCUUCGACAGGGAAAAAUUCGAGACCAGGCACAUCGGUCCCAGGGAGCACGAGCAAGAGGAAAUGCUGAAAUUUCUCGGUCUAAAGUCUCUGGAAGAGUUGACCACCAAAGCCGUCCCCGCCAACAUACUGUUCAACAAAGCAUUGGACAUCGAGAAGCCAGUCACCGAGUCCGAGCUAAUCAAUAGGAUACGCGAGAUCGCCGAUAAGAAUCAAGUAUGGAGAAGCUUUAUCGGCAUGGGAUAUUACAAUUGCUGCACUCCCCACACGAUAAUGCGAAACAUCUUCGAGAAUCCUGGAUGGACGACGCAGUACACGCCGUACCAGCCUGAGAUCGCGCAGGGCCGUCUCGAGUCUCUGCUCAACUACCAGACGAUGGUGUGCGACCUGACGGGCCUCGAGGUGGCCAACGCCUCGCUGCUGGACGAGGGCACCGCUGCCGCGGAGGCCCUCGGUCUCUGCCACCGUCACAACAAGCGCAAACGGGUCUUCGUCUCGGAUCGCGUACAUCCGCAGACGAUCAGCGUGAUAGCCACGAGGGCGGCCUCGCUCGGCCUCGAGAUGGAAAUAGGCGACGUUUUCAAGGUCGACACGAGCAAGAAAAACGUCGCCGGUAUACUGCUGCAGUAUCCGGACACGCGAGGCAGCAUCGAGGAUUUCGCGGAGGUGGUGGAGCGCGCCCACGCCGACAAGACCCUGGUGUGCGCCGCCACGGAUCUGCUCUCGCUGGCCCUGGCCAAGCCACCGGGCGAGUUCGGCGUGGACAUCUGCGUGGGCACGAGUCAGCGCUUCGGCAUCCCACUGGGCUACGGCGGACCCCACGCGGGCUUCUUCGCCUGUCGCCAGCGGCUGGUGCGCCUCAUGCCGGGCCGCAUGAUCGGCGUCACCCGGGACGCGGACGAGCGCGAGGCCUACAGGCUGGCCCUGCAGACGCGCGAGCAGCACAUCAGGCGCGACAAGGCGACGAGCAACAUAUGCACGGCCCAGGCGCUGCUGGCCAACAUGUCGGCCAUGUACGCGGUCUAUCACGGACCCAAGGGGAUCAGGGCGAUCGCGCGCAGGGUGCACGGCUUGACGGUGGCCCUGGCCCAGGGACUCAAGAGCCUGGGGAACGAGCUGGAGAACGAGCGCUACUUCGACACGCUGACGAUCAAGCCGAGGAUCGGUAUCGAGCGUGUCAAGGCCAACGCCGAGGCGAGAAAGAUCAAUCUCAGGUACAAUCCCGACGGCACUGUCGGCAUAUCUCUCGACGAGACGACCCUGACCAAGGACGUGGACGACCUGUUCGAGGUGUUCGAGGCCCCGACCACGGUCGACUCGGUCUUGGCCAGCGGCCUGACCAAGGGCGUGGGCCUCGUGGACUCGUCCCCCUUCCUGCGCACCAGCGCCUACCUCGAGCAUCCCGUCUUCAACUCGUAUCACUCGGAGACGCGCAUGGUCCGCUACAUGAAGUCCCUCGAGAACAAGGACAUCUCCCUCGUGCACACCAUGAUACCGCUGGGCUCGUGCACGAUGAAGCUCAACUCCACCACGGAGAUGAUGCCGUGCAGCUUCAAGGGCUUCACGGACGUGCACCCGUUCGUGCCGCGCGAGCAGUCGCGCGGCUACCAGCAGAUGUUCCUCGAGCUCGAGCGCGAUCUCUGCGAGAUCACGGGCUACGACAGCAUCAGCUUUCAGCCUAAUAGCGGCGCGCAGGGCGAGUACGCCGGCCUGAGGGCGAUACAGUGCUAUCACGAGUCGAGGGGUGACGGCGCGAGGCAGGUCUGCCUGAUCCCGGUGUCGGCGCACGGCACGAAUCCCGCCUCGGCCCAGAUGGCCGGCAUGAAGGUCGAGCCGAUCAACGUGAAGAAGGACGGCUCGAUCGACGUGGAGCACCUCAAGGCCAUGCUGGACAAGUUUCACGAGCGGCUGUCCUGCCUGAUGGUGACGUAUCCGUCGACGAACGGCGUCUUCGAGGAGACGAUCGGCGACGUGUGCGAGCUGGUGCAUCGGGCCGGCGGACAGGUGUAUCUCGACGGCGCCAACAUGAACGCCCAGGUGGGCCUGUGCCGACCCGGCGAUUACGGCAGCGACGUGUCGCAUCUGAAUCUGCACAAGACCUUCUGCAUACCGCACGGAGGCGGUGGUCCGGGCAUGGGACCGAUCGGCGUCAAGAGCCAUCUCAAGCCAUUCCUGCCGAAUCAUCCGAUCGUCGAGCCCUCGAGCGGAGAGAUCAAGGUAAACGAAGGCUUGGGAGCAGUGUCUGCUGCGCCGUACGGUUCCUCGGCCAUCCUACCGAUCUCGUGGGCGUACAUCAAACUCAUGGGACCGGCGGGUCUGCGCAAAGCCACCCAAGUGGCCAUACUCAACGCCAACUACAUGAGCAAGCGUCUGGACAGCCACUACAAGACUCUGUACAAGGGCUCGAGCGGCCUCGUGGCGCACGAGUUCAUCCUCGACAUCAGGGACUUCAAGCGUACGGCCAACAUCGAGGCCGCCGACGUAGCCAAGAGACUGAUGGAUUACGGCUUUCACGCGCCCACCAUGAGCUGGCCCGUGGCCGGUACACUGAUGAUCGAGCCGACCGAGUCCGAGGACAAGGUCGAACUGGAUAGAUUUUGCGACGCUCUUAUUGCUAUAAGACAAGAAAUAAAAGAUAUCGAAGACGGAAAGAUGGACCCGAAUGUGAAUCCUUUGAAAAUGGCACCGCAUACUCAGGAGCAGGUGAUCUGCGAUAAAUGGGACAGACCUUACUCAAGAAAACUUGCAGCUUUUCCACUGCCAUUCGUUAAGGGAAGUACAAAAAUGUGGCCAACUGUGGGGAGGAUCGAUGACAUUUACGGCGACACAAAUCUGUUCUGUACCUGUCCACCAAUUUUACCACAGCAAUCAUAAAUUUAGAAUAAUUUUUACUUGUAAA